AUGCCGCCCCGAGAGGACGGGUCUGUCUUGGUCGGAGACAUCGCAUAUUCUACCGAGGAAUGGGAAAGUUUGCUCGCUAAAAACUUAGAUUCACUGAAGAAACUUUGGCCAAAAACUAACGGAGUAGUGAAUAUUCCCUACAAGAUAUCGAAUCCGGAAGUAAGCACGGCUAAGCUGAAGGGGGCGUUCAGUGCGUGGGAGUCCAAGACGUGUGUUAAGUUCUCUAAGAUGGCCAAGUCUGACAAAUACAUGGAGUACCUUGACUUUGUGAUCACGGGAACAACGUGUUCCUCCAACAUUGGCUACACGAAGGGCAAAAUUACUUCUGUCAAUCUACCUAGCUCAUGUUCCUUCAAGGCAUUUAAACACGAACUUGGCCACUCCACGACUGGUUGAAGGCCUGCAAGCAAGAGUCAGAUCCCUGCAAGAACGGCGGCUACACGCGGAAGGACUGCAGCUGCGCGUGUCCACUGGGCACGUCUGGCGACAAGUGUGAGAAUCUCGACAUGAACUACAAUGAUGCCAUGGCGAAGAAGCUCUCCUAUUAUACCGCGAUCAUCAAGACCUCAGGAGCAAAAGUCACCUCGCCUGACUACCCAAAACCAAGUGGAAUGGGAA